AUGUGGCCAUCACAGCUUCUGCUCCUCAUGAUGCUCUUAGCACCCAUAGCCCAUGGUGGCAAGCACAUUGAGAGACAUCCAGCCCUGGCUGCUCCACUGCGACAUGCUGAGCGCAACCCAGGAGGCGCGCUCCCACCCAGACAUCUCCUCCAGCAGCCAACGGCAGAACGCGCCACAGCCCAUCGUGGACCCGGGCCCCGGGGAGCUGCCAGAGGAGUUCGUGGUCCAGGUGCCCAAGGAGCUCAGAUCCCAGCCCAAGCUUUCAGCCGCGCCCCAAUCCCGAUGGCUGUGGUCCGCAGAGAGCUGUCCUGUGAGAGCUACCCCAUAGAGCUCCGCUGUCCAGGGACAGAUGUCAUCAUGAUUGAAAGUGCCAACUAUGGGAGGACUGAUGACAAAAUCUGUGACUCUGACCCUGCUCAGAUGGAGAAUAUACGAUGCUAUCUGCCAGAUGCCUAUAAGAUUAUGUCUCAAAGGUGCAAUAACAGAACCCAGUGUGCAGUUGUGGCAGGUCCUGACGUUUUUCCAGACCCCUGUCCGGGAACCUAUAAGUACCUUGAAGUGCAGUAUGAAUGUGUCCCUUACAAAGUGGAACAAAAAGUUUUUCUCUGUCCUGGACUGCUCAGGGGAGUAUACCAGAGUGAACAUUUGUUUGAGUCCGACCACCAGUCUGGGGCUUGGUGCAAAGACCCUCUCCAGGCUUCUGACAAGAUUUAUUACAUGCCCUGGACCCCUUACAGGACUGACACCCUGACCGAGUACUCAUCCAAGGAUGACUUCAUUGCCGGAAGGCCAACCACAACCUACAAGCUCCCUCACAGGGUGGACGGCACAGGGUUUGUAGUGUACGAUGGUGCGUUGUUCUUCAACAAAGAGCGCACCCGGAACAUAGUCAAGUUUGACUUGCGGACUCGGAUCAAGAGUGGAGAGGCCAUCAUAGCGAAUGCCAACUACCACGAUACCUCCCCUUACCGGUGGGGAGGGAAAUCGGACAUAGACCUGGCCGUGGAUGAGAAUGGGCUGUGGGUCAUCUAUGCCACAGAACAGAACAACGGUAAAAUUGUCAUUAGUCAGCUGAACCCCUACACCUUACGGAUUGAAGGGACAUGGGACACUGCAUAUGACAAAAGGUCAGCUUCCAACGCAUUUAUGAUUUGUGGGAUUCUGUAUGUCGUCAAAUCUGUGUAUGAGGACGAUGACAACGAGGCCACGGGAAAUAAGAUUGACUACAUUUACAACACGGACCAAAGCAAGGAUAGUGUGGUGGAUGUGCCCUUUCCCAACUCAUACCAGUACAUAGCAGCUGUGGAUUACAACCCCAGGGACAACCUGCUUUAUGUAUGGAAUAACUAUCACGUGGUGAAAUACUCUUUGGAUUUCGGACCUCUGGAUAGUAGAUCAGGUCAAACACAUCAUGGCCAAGUGUCUUACAUCUCUCCACCAAUUCACCUUGACUCUGAGCUAGAAAGACCCCCUGUUAGAGAAAUUUCUACCGCAGGACCCUUUGGCAUGGGAAGCACCACCACCAGUACCACCCUUCGCACCACGACGUUGAGUGCCGCCAGGAGUACCACCCCGUCACUAUCCGGGAGAAGGAACCGGAGUACCAGCACGCCGUCGCCAGCUGUGGAAGUGCUUGAUGACACCACCACGCACCUGCCGUCCGCGCCAUCCCAGAUCCCAGCUCAGGAGGAAAGCUGCGAGGCUGUGGAAGCCCGGGAGAUCCUGUGGUUUAAGACCCGUCAAGGACAGACGGCAAAGCAGCCGUGCCCCACGGGAACCAUAGGAGUAUCAACAUAUCUAUGCCUGGCUCCGGAUGGAAUCUGGGAUCCCCAAGGACCAGAUCUUAGCAACUGCUCUUCCCCUUGGAUCAACCACAUCACACAGAAGUUGAAGUCCGGAGAGACGGCUGCCAACAUUGCUAGAGAGCUGGCUGAACAAACAAGAAAUCAUCUGCAUGCUGGUGACAUCACCUACUCCGUCCGUGCCAUGGAUCAGCUGGUAGGCCUCCUGGACGUCCAGCUCCGGAACUUGACUCCAGGCGGGAAAGACAGUGCUGCCCGCAGCUUGAACAAGCUUCAGAAAAGGGAGCGCUCUUGCAGAGCCUAUGUCCAGGCAAUGGUGGAGACAGUUAACAACCUCCUCCAGCCGCAAGCCUUGAACGCGUGGAGGGACCUGACUACGAGCGAUCAGCUCCGGGCAGCCACCAUGUUGCUUGACACCGUGGAGGAGAGUGCUUUCGUGCUGGCGGAUAACCUUUUGAAGACUGACAUCGUCCGGGAGAACACAGACAAUAUCCAGUUGGAAGUUGCAAGGCUGAGCACAGAAGGAAACUUGGAAGACUUAAAAUUUCCAGAAUCCAUGGGUCAUGGAAGCACCAUCCAGCUUUCUGCAAAUACUUUAAAACAAAAUGGACGAAAUGGAGAGAUCAGAGUGGCCUUUGUUUUAUAUAACAACUUGGGUCCUUAUUUGUCCACGGAGAAUGCCAGCAUGAAGUUGGGAACAGAAGCUAUGUCCACCAAUCAUUCUGUUAUUGUCAAUUCACCCGUCAUUACAGCAGCAAUAAACAAAGAAUUCAGUAACAAGGUUUAUUUGGCUGAUCCUGUGGUAUUUACUGUUAAACAUAUUAAGCAGUCCGAGGAAAAUUUCAACCCCAACUGUUCAUUUUGGAGCUAUUCCAAGCGCACAAUGACAGGUUAUUGGUCAACUCAAGGCUGCCGUCUCCUGACAACAAAUAAGACUCAUACUACAUGCUCUUGUAACCACCUCACCAAUUUUGCAGUUCUGAUGGCACAUGUGGAAGUUAAGCACAGUGACGCGGUCCAUGACCUUCUUCUGGAUGUGAUCACGUGGGUUGGAAUUUUGCUGUCCCUUGUUUGUCUCCUGAUUUGCAUCUUCACAUUUUGCUUUUUCCGCGGGCUCCAGAGUGACCGUAACACCAUUCACAAGAACCUCUGCAUCAGCCUCUUUGUAGCAGAGCUGCUCUUCCUGAUUGGGAUCAACCGAACUGACCAACCAAUUGCCUGUGCCGUGUUCGCAGCCCUCUUACACUUCUUCUUCUUGGCCGCCUUCACCUGGAUGUUCCUGGAGGGCGUGCAGCUCUACAUCAUGCUGGUGGAGGUGUUCGAGAGCGAGCACUCCCGCAGGAAGUACUUCUACCUGGUGGGCUACGGCAUGCCCGCGCUCAUCGUGGCCGUGGCCGCGGCCGUGGACUACAGGAGUUACGGCACGGACAAAGUAUGUUGGCUCCGACUUGACACCUACUUCAUUUGGAGUUUUAUAGGACCAGCGACCUUGAUCAUUAUGCUUAAUGUAAUCUUCCUUGGGAUUGCUUUAUAUAAAAUGUUUCAUCAUACUGCCAUUCUGAAACCUGAAUCGGGCUGCCUUGAUAAUAUCAAGUCAUGGGUCAUCGGUGCAAUAGCUCUUCUCUGCCUGCUGGGAUUGACCUGGGCCUUUGGACUCAUGUAUAUCAAUGAAAGCACAGUCAUCAUGGCAUAUCUCUUCACUAUUUUCAAUUCUCUACAAGGGAUGUUUAUAUUCAUUUUCCAUUGUGUUCUACAAAAGAAGGUACGAAAAGAGUACGGGAAAUGCCUGCGGACACAUUGUUGUAGCGGCAAAAGUACAGAGAGUUCCAUUGGCUCAGGGAAAACAUCUGGUUCUCGAACUCCUGGACGCUACUCCACAGGCUCGCAGAGCCGAAUUCGUAGAAUGUGGAAUGACACCGUCCGAAAGCAGUCAGAGUCUUCCUUCAUCACUGGAGAUAUAAACAGUUCAGCGUCACUCAACAGAGAGGGGCUUCUGAACAAUGCCAGGGAUACAAGUGUCAUGGAUACUCUACCACUGAAUGGUAACCAUGCCAACAGCUACAGCAUCGCCGGCGGCGAGUACCACCUGAGCAACUGCGUGCAGAUCCUGGACCGCGGCUACACCCACACCGAGACCACGGCCCUGGAGAAGAAGAUCCUGAAGGAACUCACGUCCAACUACAUCCCUUCCUACCUGAACAACCACGAGCGCUCCUCCUGCGAGCAGAGCAGGAACCUGAUGAACAAGCUGGUGAACAACCUGGGCGGAGGUGGCGGCGGGGGCGGCGGCGAGGAGGAUGCCAUCGUCCUGGACGACGCCGCCUCCUUCAGCCACGAGGACGGCCUGGGCCUGGAGCUCAUCCACGAGGAGUCGGACGCCCCCUUGCUGCCCCCUCGGAUGUACUCGGUGGCGGAGAACCACCACCCGCAGCCGCACCAUUACCCGCGCCGGCGCAUCCCGCAGGACCACAGCGAGAGCUUCUUCCCGCUGCUCACCAACGAGCACACGGAGGAGGAGCUGCCCUCGCCGCCCCGGGACGCCCGCUACACCAGCAUGCCCGCGCUGGCCGGGGCGCCCCCCGCCGCCCGCGCCGACGGGGUGCCCGCCGGCACCCCGACGGAACCCCCGCCGCCCAGGGCGGGCGACGCCGCCGCCGACGACGUGUACUACAAGAGCAUGCCCAACCUGGGCUCCCGCAGCCACGUGCACCAGCUGCACACCUACUACCAGCUGGGGCGCGGCAGCAGCGACGGCUUCAUCGUGCCCCCCAACAAGGACGGGAGCCCCCCGGAGGGCAGCGCCAGGGGACCCGCGCACCUGGUCACGAGCCUAUAG